GCCGGAGCGGGGUACGUCCAAGGAUUUUGAGGUGCAGAAGAUGUUUUCGGUGAUGAUUAGCAAGAGCAUAGAGGAAUGCAAAAGUUUGGAAAGAAUUGAGAGAAAGACCCCAGGAGGAGGGGGGGAUGAUAGAAUGUAAGGUACGACGCACUGGCUAGCAGUGGGCAAUGAGCGGGUGGAAGACGAUGAGUUCAAAAGUUCAGCGCGUAACACACGAUGGGGCUUGAGGAGCUGGGGGCCUUGUCCCUAGCUAUAGUGGACACUUUCAUGCAUGCGAAGAAGACAUCGGUUGGAAGGAUGGAAGUUCUAUAGUCGUAUAUGCCUCGCAGGUGUCCCCCGAGAUGCGACGGCACGAUGGUACGGCAGAAACGGUAUGAUCCUGCCAUCAUACAGACGGAUAUACGGAGUGCAAUCUGGUCCAGACACAGUCAGAAUGGGCCGCUGCGAGGCCUCCUGCUGCAGAUUGACCGCAACUUGGGAGCAAGAAUCCCGGCGUGCCACAUGUGAGGCCUGGCGGGACUCGACGGGCAGCGAUGCUGCGGUGCCUUUCAAGCAACGGGCGUUCCAUGAGCGUCCUCUCGUCCUCGAUUGGUUGGAUGGCUGGCGGGGGGACCAGCGCUUCUGUCACGGGAACCGUUCCAGGGCGCGUAGAGAGUGCAGACUCGUCAAAUCACAUCGAAUAAUGGUGGUGAAGAGGCGCUAUGGGCUUCACCCUAUUAUCCACAAGAUGCGGCCAAGCAAGAACAAUCAUGACGAUAAUGAUGAUAAUAAUGAUGAUGAUAAUGAUAAUUCUUUCCGCGUAAAGUCUGUACGGAGGUCAGUCUAAUUCGAGACCCCUCGCUAACCCCUCCCCUUCCCUUGGCCCAUGCCACAUCAGAUCGCGUGAGCUUCAAGGGGCCCAGCAGCAGCAACGUCCAUCGU